GGCAGCUUGUUUUGCCUUCCCUCCCACGCCCAAACCAACCAACCGUCCAGAGUUAACUUCCCCACUCGCGCCAUCUCCAUCUCCAUCUCCGCUCCUCCUGGCCGGCAAGCAACCCGCGCUUUGGCACCACGCUCAAGUCACCCGCACCGAAGCCGAAAACGGCACGCGCCCUACGAGCUCACCUCGCCGCAGAAUCGCUUUCGUCCCCACGCAAAGCCAUCCUUUCCCAUCCAUGCCUCAAUUUCCCCGUCCCAAUCAAUCAACUACAUUGCUUUAAAACCAGCGUUCUUUCAUGCACAACCCCGACGCUACCUUCGCAAGCCUACAGAGCACCCCCAGCUGAUCCGUGAUCCGUCCCACCGCCAUGUCGAUGACGACGCCCGCGCAGUACGGCGGCUCGCGGCGCCGGACGUGCCGCAUGUACUGGUGCUACCAGUGCGGCCGCGCGCUCCGCAUCAUCUCCUACCCGUCCACCGACGUCUUCUGCCCGCGCUGCUUCGGCCGCUUCCUCCACGAGAUGGACCAGCCGCCGCGACCCGCGCUCCCGCCGCCGCACUUCGUGCCGCACCCGUUCCACCCGCAGUACCAGGACGAUGGCCGCCCGCGCCGCUGGGUCAUAUACGGUGGGGACCCCACCGCCGUCCCCGGGCGCGCGUUCCGCCAGCCUGCACUGCCAGCAGCGCCGGCUCCUGCACCGGCGCCGCCUCGUCGACGCGUGCCAUCCCCACCGCCGGCGCCGGUGGCGCGGCGGCCGUCCACGCCCCCUGCCAUCGACCCGGGGAGCUACUUCACGGGGCCCACCAACCUGAACGAACUCAUCGAGGAGCUCACCCAGAACGACCGCCCAGGCCCUGCGCCGGCGCCGUCGUCGGCCAUAGACUCGCUCCCGACAGUGCGGAUCACCGGGGCGCACCUCUCGGACGGCUCGCAGUGCCCCGUGUGCAAGGAGGACUUCGAGCUAGGGGAGGCCGCGCGGCAGCUUCCCUGCAAGCACGUGUACCACUCCGACUGCAUCGUGCCGUGGCUCCGCCUCCACAACUCCUGCCCGGUCUGCCGGUACCAGCUGCCUGGCGCCGGGUCCAACGACAGCAGCCACGCCGCAGCUCGCGCCAGCGGCAACAGCAGGAACAUGGACAGGGACAGGGAGAGAGAGCCCCCGACCAUCGUGAGGUGGGGGCCGUUCUCGUGGCUGUGGCCGCCGCGGGGGCUCGAUGACGCCGACGACACGUGGGAGCACGGGCGGCGCGGGAGGCAGGAGGCGGCCGACGCCGGCGCAUUCUACGCGUGGUGGCGCUCUCUGUUCCUUAUCUAGCUUGUUCCCAUGGAGACGCUAUCGUGCAAAGAGAAGAACGCCUCCCAUACAAUUCACUCAGUUAAGUCACCUCAGAUCUGAUUGCUACAAUUCUUCCUUCCUGCUUCAGAAAAUGCCUCCGUGCUAGCUAUCGAACAGCAAUCGAGGCAAGGAUGUUCGCUAACUGGAGUGUUUUGUUGGCAAAGUCAGGUAACUCAUGGCGCCCUGGAUUCAGCAAGUUCAAUAGGAAUCGUGGAAGUCUGGUGUGAAAAUGUAGAGCUGCAAAAAUAAGAUGGAACCUGCUGUAAAGGGCAUGUAAUAAU